AUGACUCGAAGGGUGAUUGUCGUCAGUAACCGGCUGCCAGUGACUACCAGCAUUGAUAAGAAUGGACAGUAUAACUAUGAAAUGUCUUCGGGCGGGCUGGUAUCUGCGCUGAGCUCACUCCAUGGCGAUAAUUUCAUCUGGCUUGGUUGGCCAGGGAUUGGUGUUCCACAGGAGGAUCGGGAAUCGGUCUCCAGAGAUUUGAAGUCAUUAUUUAAGAGUGUGCCUGUAUUUUUGAGUGACGAAUUGAGUGAUCUGUACUACAAUGGGUUCUCUAACUCCAUUAUCUGGCCUUUGUUUCACUACCAUCCCGGCGAGAUGAACUUUGACGAUGAGUCUUGGGAGGCGUAUACUUUGGCAAACAGACUAUUUGCUCAGGCAAUUGCCAACAUUUACCGGCCUGGUGAUGUUGUGUGGGUACAUGAUUAUCAUUUGAUGAUUUUACCGGCGAUGAUCCGUGAAGAGAUCGCAGUCAAAACACGUGAGCCACUUUCAUCCGUGGAAAUUGCUUUCUUUUUGCAUAUUCCCUUCCCCACUUCAGAAAUCUACCGAGUACUGCCUGUGCGUCGCGAAAUUCUACUUGGUGUGCUACAAUCGGAUUUAAUCGGCUUCCAUACCUAUGACUACGUGAGGCACUUUUUAUCGUCUGUGUCGUCUAUUUUGAAGCUCGAAACCACACCAGUAGGCAUCAAUUAUGAUAGAUUUGUCUCUGUUGGUGUAUUCCCAAUUGGCAUCACGCCAUCAAGAUUCUUGGAGCCCUUAAAAGAGCCCUCUGUUCUUAACAGAAUCAAUGAACUCAGAGCGAAGUUUGGGCCUGUUAAGAUUUUACUGGGCGUGGAUCGUCUAGACUAUAUCAAAGGGUUGCCCCACAAGUUCCAUGCUUUUGAUAUUUUCUUGUCUGAACAUCCGGAGUGGGAAGAAAAGGUUGUGCUUGUACAAGUCGCAGUUCCCUCGAGACAAGACGUCGAGGAGUACCAAAAUUUAAGAGGUGUCGUCAAUGAACUCGUGGGUCGAAUCAACGGAAAGUAUGGAAGUAUCGAGUUCACGCCCAUCCACUUUCUUCACCGAAGCCUUGACUUUAAGGAGCUUAUAGCUCUCUAUGCCAUGAGUGACGUUUGUAUUGUAUCCAGUACACGGGACGGCAUGAAUCUUGUGGCAUAUGAGUAUAUUGCUUGCCAAGAGGAACGAAAUGGACAACUUAUCUUAUCUGAAUUUGCCGGUGCAGCUCAAAGUUUAAACGGUGCUAUUAUUGUGAACCCAUGGAAUAUGGAAGAGAUGGCAGAAGCUAUACAUACAGCGCUAACAAUGAGCGACGAAAAGCGUCAAGAGACACAUGGUAUGAUGUUCCAUCAUGUAUCAAAGUUCACUACGCAAUUUUGGCUGGAGAAUAUCACCAAAGAGAUCAAUCGCAUUGAAAAAGAGAAAAAACUGCAGUUCGAAAAGGAUUAA